CGACCCGUCAUAAGCUUUACGUGGCAGUCUGAGUAAAGCUCUCUGUUCAACUUAAGACUCGCCUCGGCUCUCUGCCCCUAUCCUCUCCGCUCCAGGAAAGAGAGUCUGUUUAACAUUUAGAUACAGACUCUUAAUGGUGUUGGUGGGUUUAUUAGCGCUUAAUAACUCAAGUUCUAAGCGAGAAUGUUCACGGUUUCGGAGCUCGUCGUGCUGCUCGGGGUUCUGUGCGCUACAGCGAGCGGCUACUUCGUUAGCAUCGAUGCUCACGCGGAAGAGUGUUUCUUCGAGCGCGUCAACUCGGGCACUAAGAUGAGCCUCAUGUUCGAGGUCGCUGAAGGAGGUUUUCUGGAUAUCGACGUUGAGAUAACUGGACCAGACGGCAAGCAGAUUUAUAAAGGAGACCGUGAGUCCAGUGGGAAGUACUCUGUAGCCGCCCAUAUGGAUGGCACUUAUAAAUUCUGCUUCAGCAACAAGAUGUCCACCAUGACCCCCAAAAUUGUCAUGUUCACCAUUGACAUUGGUGAAGCUCCCAAGGGCCAAGAUAUGGAGACGGAGGCUCACCAGAACAAGCUGGAAGAGAUGAUCAACGAGUUGGCCGUGGCCAUGAUGGCCGUCAAACAUGAGCAGGAGUACAUGGAGGUCCGGGAAAGAAUACACAGAGCAAUUAACGACAACACCAACAGCCGAGUGGUGCUGUGGUCAUUCUUCGAAGCCCUGGUGCUCGUUGCCAUGACCCUUGGACAGAUUUACUACCUGAAGAGAUUUUUCGAAGUACGGCGAGUCGUGUAAAACAAACAAACGCGCACUUUCCCUGCCAUCAUCAAAAUAGUUAUUUACUACACCAAGGAUUGGCUAUCCUGCCUCGACAACUUUGAGAAGCGUACUUCUUGUCUUAUUCAGUUUCCUUUAUUGUCUUCACGUGUGUGUGUGUGUGUGUGUUUGAUUUCACUGAGUUAAUUUGAGGAGCUUUUGAGAAUCUUUGGUAUUCAGUUUUAAUUUGUUUUAAACCCCAGUUCUUACUAGACUGUUUUAUUUUGUGGAACUUAUUUCUUUUGGCUUCUUGUCUAGUUUGAUCUAGUUAAAAACAAAUGGUGACGUAUAGAAGGUGUGUUGGCUGUUGCUUGGAGAAUGCUACAAGCAUUGCAUGGUGUAACUUUCAUGAUGAAUGUUUUCAAUGAAUGAUUUGGUUGUUAACUUGAAAUGAAAACGAGUGUCUGGUAAUCGACUUAACGCACUCCCUUCGUGGGCUUAACUUACAUGGCACAUAAUGUGUAUUAGCCAACCGAUGGGAUAUGACUGUUCAUGUAUUAAAAUGGCUUUAUUUUAUUUUCAGAUGUUUAAGUAUGAUUUUCAUUUUGCAGGGUUUUUUUUUUUUUUUCCCUUCAGUUGACUGGGGCGGGGAGUAAUUUAUGUACUUUUUUACUGUUACAUGUCUGUAUGGACACGUAAUUCUUUAACAUUUUGCUAAACAGAGAAAAUUGGCCAAGACUACUGCAGAACUGAUGGUAAAACUGUACAAUAUUGUAAAGUAGAAUGUUCAAGUGACUCAAAUCUGAGCUUGAUUUAAUAAAAACAUGUUCUUUGAAAA